AUGGAUUUAGGAAAGGACCACUCUCAUGUGACGCUCCAUCAGACACCUGACCUUCAUCAAGACAACCACACUCCAGAAGUCACUGGAACUUGGUGUUUGCGAAACCGGGAACAGCUCAGGAAAAGGAAAGCCGAAGCACAAGACAAGCGCACAUCACAGUGGCUGUUUGGAGAACAGAAAAAAGGCAAGCGGCAGAGAACAGACAAAGGAAAUGGAAGAGGCAGAAAGAGACAGCGACCUGCGGAACUCCAGGGGGAGCCCUGGCCACUAGUAGAAAAGGAGGUGACAGAGGGAAUGGAGCCUCCGGGGGGUGUAACCAAAGCCCACCCACCGGAAGCUGCCCACCGGAAAACGGGGGCUGAGGAGUGCGCCUCUGAAAUACGCCAAGAAAGCAUUAUGCAUCAGGGAACUGGUUCUGCGUACCAAGAAACAGGGGCGCAAGGUCACCCUUCUGAAACACACCACGACAUGGCUGCACCUGAAGACCUCUCCCCUCAGAUGUGCCAAGAAACAGCUGUACCCCAAGAUCACCCUUCCAGAAUCGACCGAGAAAUGGAUGAGCCCGAAGACCUCUCUUCUAAAAUGUGCCAAGGAACAACUGUUCCUGCAGCCCUUCCUUCUGAAGUACCCAAAGAUACAGCUGGCCCACACCAUGCCUCUCCUGAAGAAUACCCUAAACCAGAUGUACCCAAAGGCUACCCUCUUGAAACAGACCAAACAACGGCUGAAACUGAGGAAGAGAGUUCUGAACCAGGUCAAGGAACAGCGGAGAUGGAAGGCUUCUUGCCUGAAAUACAUGGUGUAGCUGUGUCCAAAGACCUUUCUGCAAAAACAAACCACGAAACAAUUGAAUCUGAAUACGAAACGACUGUGCCCAAGGCCCCCUCUCCUAAAGCCACCCAAGAAAUACCUGCGCCUGAAGACUAUUCUCUGGAAAUAUACCAAGAGAAACCUGGGCCUGAAGAAGAUUCACCUGAAGUAUACCAAGAAACAGCUAGAUCCAAAGAAUAUUCACCUGAACCGUAUCAAGAAACAUCUGGGCCUGAAGACCUCUCUACUAAAAUAUAUACAAAUGAAGACGUACCCAAGGAAUGCUUUCCAGUACCGUCCCAGGAAGCAGGUGGGCCUGGAGGCCAGGGUCCUAUAGCGCACCGGGAAGACGCUAAGGAUGUUUUCACUUUUCCUCAAGAAAUGAAAGAAAAACCCAAAGCCGAAGAACCAGAGAUACCAGCAAAUCUGGACAGUUCUCAAGAGACUCAUCCGGAAAAUGACAUCUUUAGCUAUGUUUUAUUUUAA